AGGGUGAAGCGCCGCACAUCCUUCUACCUGCCCAAGGGGACCGUCAAGCACCUGCACAUCCUCUCGCACACCCGCGCCAGCGAGGUCAUCGACGCCCUCCUCCGCAAGUUCACCGUCGUCGACAACCCCCGCAAAUUCGCCCUCUUUGAGAGGUCUGAGAAGGAUGAGCAAGUGCUGGCUGGCCCCAGUGAGAAGGUGCUCAGCUUCGUCCUGAAGGAGAAUGAGACCGGGGAGGUGAAUUGGGACGCCUUCACACUGCCAGAGCUGCACAACUUCCUGCGCAUCCUGCAGCGGGAGGAGGAGGAACACGUGCGCCGGCUGCCGCACC